UCGAUCUAUCUAUCCAUAGUCUGUGAUCUAUUUUAUUAAUGAUGAUUGAUUAAAUUUUUUUUCUAAUAUUGCAGAAAAUAACUGUUAAUAAAAUAUAUAUUUGAAUAAUAGGUAGUCAUUUGUAAUUAAAUAUCAUUAAGCUUAAUCUUUACAUUAUGUAAUAUAUAAGUUCCAUAGAUUCAAAGCGAUGUGUUAAAUUGUAAAUAAGUUCAGACCAGAAUUUAUUGAGUGAAACAAGCAAAAAAGUUUUAAUGAAAAACAAAAAUGCCCCGUGAAAGAAGUCGUUAUCGCGAUCGGCGCAGUUCAUCAUGCAGUUCAGAUUCAUCCCACGAACGGAAGAAAUCAAAAAGUAAAUACAAGAGACGAUCUCGAUCCCGAGACCGGUCAGAGUCUAGUAACAAUAGGCGGAAACGUUCGAGUUCUAGAUCUAAACGUAAAAGAAGAAGUUAUUCUAGGAGUUUGUCAAGGGACAGGUAUGAUUCGAAGUUGAGGAAAAGAUCUACUUCACGUUCAAGAACGAAACGCUCAAGACGGUCGACGUCCAGAGAUCGUUCACGAUCAAAAUCCAGUACUAGAAGUAGAUCUAAAUACAACAAAAGUAAAAAGUCAAAAAGGUCGCGGUCCUCCAGCAGUCGCUCUAGCUCUUUCGAUAUUGAGAGUAUCUCACAGUCAAGAAAAGUAAAUCAUGAUGACACGGAUGUUAAAAUUGAAAAAGCAAUCAAGGCAGCCGAGGCUGCUGGCCUCACUAUGACUAAGAUACCAACAUAUGAAUACAAAGAGGUUGCAGUUAAAGAGGAUAUGCCAACAAUUCAAGAUAGAAAUUUGUUGGCAGAACUCAAUAGUGAUUCUUUUGUUCAAAAGUCCUUUACUUCAUCAAGGAAUAAAAAACAUUCUCAGAAUAUUGUUAUUGAUUUAAAUUCACAGACUGUAACUGUACCUGAAUCAGAUGUCAAAGUACAAAAAGAUGAUUCUAUCAUAAAUUUUGAUGAGAUGCCAAGUGAGGAAGAACUAAAAGAAAUGUGGAUAAAGAAACUUUAUCUGUACAGGAAAAAAAUGCUAAGGGAUAGCUGUUGAAGUUGGACAAUCAAUAACAAUUUUUAUAUCAAGAGAUGAUGAACCAGUUUUAAAAGUUAUAGUUCCACAAAAUACAACAGUGAGUGAUCUAAAGAAAGCAAUUGCUCGUCAUUUUGAAAUAUAUCAGAAGAGGAUAGG